GUAAAUCACUGCCUCAGAAUGGCUCUACAGAGGACAGACCAGCAGGAAAGCUCAGAAACAGACAGACACCUCCAGACCGAGUACGACACACUGACUGAGACACUGAACCUGCUGAAGAGGAGAGCAGAACAGCUACGGAGAGAUAAUGGGUUUCUUCAGAACGAGGCCUACCAGACACGCAUGGAGAGUCAAGAGUACAUGUCAUACAUAUCGAAGCGGACACAGAAGCGGCAGAGUGCAAUUGUUACUCUGAGUGAUCAGAGUCAAAAGGAGCUAGAAGAGCUGAGGAGACAGACAGAGGAGACACAGGAGAAAUACAGGGAACAGGCCAAUGUGCUGAAGAAGGAGAUUUUGGAGAAGGAGAAAGAGUUGGCUCUGCUGAAAAUUGAGAUAGCCGAGCUCCGAGAAUUUAAGAGUCUGCAGCAGGAGCAGUUGGGCCGCAUAGCUGAGCUGGAGCGGGAGGUAGCGGCCACACGUCUCCGCCACUCUGAGUCUCUGCAGGCUCUGAAGGCUGCAUUUCUUAGAGAGAGAGAGCGCUAUGAGGCACAGGCCAAACACAAGGUGCAGACACUCACUCUUGCAGCGAACAGGGAGGCAUCACGCUGUCUGCUCUCUCACACGCAGGAAGUGUCUCAGGAGAACCAGCGUCUGCGUGAGGAGCUGCAGCAGCUGAUCCAGAGAGCUCAUGCUCUACACAGCCACCAGGAGCUGCUGCGGACACAGCAGAGGCAGCUACUGCUGGAGAGAGAGUACAUGCAGGAGCUCCAUCUCCUGCGCUUUCCUAAACACUCAGACUCCACACCAAAAGGGGGCACCAGCACUGACAGCACCAACACAGGAGCAGAUGUUACUAGCUGAAAUGACGAUAACACACAUGGGAGAUGAGGCUUAAUGAAAAGCAUCUUCUUAAUGACGCACUUUGCAUAGUUUUCUGUUCAUGUAACUAAAUUACUAUUAUACCCGGGAAAGUAAAAGGGAAUGUAAAUUAUGUGUCAGGAUUCAUUUGAUCUUAAAUAGCAUUUUAAUUAACAUUGUAAAAAAGGCCGGUCAAAUGGCCCCUUCUUGUCACAUAGAGGUUUCUGACCACACAGCAACAAAACCUCACAAUUUCUCUGAAGACAAUCAGAAGGUUGGCUUGAGAGACCUUACCUCCGUGCUUUACUCUCAUACCUUCCAUUUGAUUCUUUUCCAAAGCCCCUCCCUCCAAAGCAUGUGUGCCCUUUAAAAUCAUUGACGGUAUAUAUAAACUGGACCUAGUGAUCCCGCUGUCCUCAGUGGGGACCAUGUGAGGUCAAUCGUGUCACUUCCUGAUCAGCUUCUCGUGGGGUGGAUAAUAGUAAUGCGUGAUAAUGCACAGGCACCUUAAUGACGCAUAUGUCCCGCUUUUGUAGUAGAUGCCCCCAACAAUUGGUGUUGAAUGAACAUAAAUCAUCAUUAUUAUUAUUACUAUAAUACAAUCAAAGCAUAAAUCAAAUUAAAUUCAUACAAUACUAAAUAAAUAAAUACAUAAUAAAAAUAAAUAAUAACAACUACAUAAAAACAACAGAUUCCUGAAAAAAACAGGUUAUGAAAAUGCUUUUACCCACUUUAUGAAUUUAUGUACUGUGAGUGCCUGUCUCUAUUAGUAAAUUGUUUUUGAUGCACCAAACAACUUCAGACAUUGAAUUUUGAUUAAAUUGACAUGGGUAAGAA